AAUAUCACAAAGGCGUCAAAACAAAAGUCUGCACUCCGCAAAAAUCUAAAGCGAGACUCGAGAAGACUAAACAGAAAACUCACUUAUUCUUCUUAGUUAGACAAAAAGUCCCAUUUUGAGAAAUGGCGGUAGCACUACAACCUCGACAUGUGACAGCUACUUCUCCAGUCCCAGAAGAACGUAGGAAGAAAGACACCACGUGGACACCAUCAUCAACUCAAGCCUCCAAUAUUCUAGCUAAUACUGAUUUCGCCUACCAGACGAAAGAAAUAAUACACGAGACCUUUUACGGUCUCCUAUUGGAGCAAGGACUCAAGCUAAACGGUGGGCAUGUGGAGCCCAUAUUCACUUCAGAAACGAACAGGAAGGUUUAUAGCAGUCUAAUGGGCGCCUGUAAGCAAUUUCUAAGACUACACAGUGACCAGAUUAGGAGAGACAUGGAACAGCUAGAUAUAUCUGAAACUGCCUUGUGCGUCACAUUUCACAGCACCAUGCAUUCAAUGUUUUCCGAUUGCAUAAACUGGGGUAGGAUCGUAGCCCUUAUAUCCUUUGCUGUCCUUGUUGCUUACAAGGCCCACAAGACAUCACGUCAUGUUGUAGAGAGCAUAGAGGGUUGGCUAAUAACCUUCAUAUGUCAGAACUUGAGUCAAUUCAUCAUGAAACAGAAAGGCUGGGCAAGUGUACCAGACAGAUUCAGCUCGAAUAAAAUUGGAGGAGAUAUAGUUGACGCUAAAAAUGGCGGAGGUUCGUGGCUAGCACUAGCAGCAGUCGGAGUAGGAGCUGCCCUUGUUACAGCCUUCUUGUCUAAAUAAUGCUCCAACAGUGUCUUUGUAUCUCUUGCAACAUUAUCCAUUACCAUUUACUCCUCUCAUCAUCCAUUACUAUUUACUCCUCUCAUCAUCCAUUACUAUUUACUCCUCUCAUCAUCCAUUACUAUUUACUCCUCUCAUCCAUCAUCCAUUACUAUCCAUUUACUCCUCAUCUAUUACGAAUCAGUUUGGCCAUAAACGUUAGAUUUCUUUUUCUCACUCCUAAUCAUCUCAUUCUAAAUUUGUACUAUAAUGGAAUGCUCAUUAUUAUUUGUUAUUACUUUGUGUCUUAUUUAUUGAGUUGAUUGAGUUUUUGUCUGUAUUUUGUUUGCUCCACUUUAA